UUAACGAGAGUGAGCAUGCGUCGUGCCUCAGCUGCUCCGUGUGUGCGUUGUGCUCUGAGUCAGAUUGUUCGUUUUUCUGCAGGUGAACAAAGUAUCUGCCAAGCACGAGCUGCUGUAAUGGUCUACGAUGAUGCCAAUAAGAAAUGGGUACCAGCUGGUGGAUCAACUGGAUUCAGCAGAGUUCACAUAUAUCAUCACACAGGCAACAACACAUUCAGAGUUGUGGGUAGGAAGAUUCAAGAUCAUCAGGUGGUAAUAAACUGUGCCAUUCCAAAAGGGCUCAAGUACAAUCAGGCUACACAGACCUUCCAUCAGUGGCGUGAUGCUAGACAAGUGUAUGGUCUGAAUUUUGGCAGCAAAGAAGAUGCCAAUGUCUUCGCAAGUGCCAUGAUGCAUGCCUUAGAAGUAUUAAAUUCACAGGAAGCUGGUCCUACAUUGCCUCGACAGAAUUCACAGCUUCCCUCUCAAGUACAAAAUGGCCCAUCACAAGAGGAAUUGGACAUCCAGAGAAGACAGUUGCAAGAGCAACAAAGGCAGAAGGAGCUGGAACGGGAGAGGCUGGAUCGUGAACGAAUGGAACGGGAGAGGCUGGAGAGAGAGAGGCUAGAAAGGGAAAGACUUGAAAGAGAGCGCCUAGAGCAGGAACAACUGGAGAGAGAACGACAAGAAAGGGAACGACAAGAGCGCCUAGAAAGGGAGAGACAGGAAAAGGAGAGACAGGACCGAGAAAGACUUGAACGACUUGAACGGGAAAGGCAAGAGAGAGAACGACAAGAACAGUUGGAAAGGGAACAAUUGGAAUGGGAAAGAGAGAGAAGAAUUUCAAAUGCUGCUACCCCUGCCUCUGUUGAGAACUCUCUAAACUCUGUGCUGGGAGACUCCUCUGCUUCUGAGCCAGUCUUGCAGGCAGCCUCUCAGCCGAUUGAACCUACGACCCAGCAGGGUGUUGUCCAAGGACCACCUGCACCUCCUCCCCCACCCCCGUUGCCCCCAGGCCCAGCCCAGGCCUCAGUAGCAGCCCCACCACCUCCUGGCCCACCGCCACCGCCGCCACCUCUCCCUUCAUCAGGGCCUCCACCACCACCACCACCUCCUCCGCUUCCCAGCCAAGCUCCCACAGUUCCCCUCCCACCUCCUGCUCCCCUUCCUGCUUCGGGGUUUUCAGCUGGAUUUGUGUCUGAAGAAAAUCGUCCUCUAACUGGACUAGCAGCUGCACUUGCUGGAGCCAAGCUUAGGAAAGUAUCACGGGGUGAAGACUCCUCCAGUUCAAGUGGAGGAGGAGGCUCUGCUUCAUCUAAAACAGACAGUGGCCGUGGAAAUGGGCCGCUUCCCUUGGGAGGCAGUGGCUUAAUGGAAGAAAUGAGUGCCCUGCUGGCCAGGAGGAGAAGAAUUGCUGAAAAGGGAUCAACAGAACCAGAGCAGAAAGAAGAUAAAACUGAAGAAUCAGAGUCUUCAACCUCUAAGGCUUCUUCAACAAGUACACCUGAACUAACAAGAAAGCCUUGGGAAAGAACAAAUACAGUAAAUGGAAGCAAGUCUCCUGUUAUAUCCAGACGGGAAUCUCCAUGGAAAAACCUCGUUUCUGAAAACAGGUUCUAUGAUUCAUUAAACAGACCAAAAUCUACAACAGCGGGGCAACCCAGUGCCAAUGGAGUACAGUCAGAAGGUCUAGAUUAUGACAGAUUGAAGCAGGAUAUUUUAGAUGAAAUGAGGAAGGAGUUAACAAAAUUAAAGGAAGAACUCAUUGAUGCUAUCAGGCAGGAACUGAGCAAGUCGAAUACUGCAUAGAAAGACUAGUACUAAGCCGAUGUGACUCUUUAACUUGGUAUAAAACUGACUACGUUUGUGAGCUGUUAGAAGAAAAUGGAAACAGACACUUGGAAGGAGGGAGAAACAUCAUAUUCUGAAAAGCUUCAGACGCAUCACUCUGGUGAUAUGCUAUUUCCCUCCUGGUUUGCAGCUUUUUUCUGACCUUUACAGCAGGGUGGAAAAGAGUCUUAAGGUUACUGUAAUGAUUGUGCAGAAAUUCCUACACCUUUCAGACAAGAUCACAGUGCUUUGAAGUAUACUCAUGUCAAAAUAAAAUUGCACAUGUUUCAGAAUUUGUUGUUAAAGAAAAAAAAAACAACAGGGAAAAGCUUGGGAAGGCUUUUCAGAGAGGUUUUCUUUAUUAAUGAAGGAUUUAGCAAGUUAUACUGUUGUACUUCAGAUGUAUCUCAGGUUUGUCUUCCUAUCAUAUCUGAUGUUUCCAUGAAUAACUUAAAAGAUCAGAUGUGUGUAAGUUCAGUUCACAAAAUAUGGAACAAUUAGAAAUAUGUACUUUUAAAGGGCAAUAUUUGUAAGUGAAUGGCCUAGACAGAGUUCACUUGUCAAGAUUUUGGAAUUUUAUGAUAGGAAGCCUCUCUAGUUAGCCUUCAUGCAAUUUUAUAGGAAAAAAAGAAAAGCAAUUGCAGUCCAGAGUUUAAAGAUGUAGAUGCCUUCCUACAUUGUUACAAUGCUUUACCAAAUCUAAGACUUCUACAUAAAGCAAAUCAGCAGUCAAAUGUAAAUCAUUAGUAUGUUGUAGAUUUACAGUAGAUUUUUGGGCUUUUUUUAGAUUUAUGCAUGUGGACAUUUUUGUAAUGUAACACAACACAGCUUUUUAAUUAAAAAAAAAAAAUUGCAUGUCACAGAUAUUAAGUAGCCUUUUCAUUUUUAAGGCUUAAUUUAUGCCCAGAAAAAUGUGGGAUGAGGGAGGGGGAAGGUGACACAUUUUUAUUACUUUCUACACUUUUUCUUCAUCUUACAUGCAUGUGUAAUAAUGAGGAAAAUGUGACUUUAUCAGUAACCAUGUUAAUGGAACCAGGUACUUAAUCCUUUUUUGUAUCUUUUUUUUUCUCCAGUUUUGUAUUUGAAAUUCAGUAACACUUCCAUAAUGGUUCUGAAACUACCAUGAGAAUCUAACUCAUUUUUUGAUGAGAGAACAAACAUUUAGACAUCUAAAUUACUGAGGAUGCACCUGUACAAGUGUGUUAUUCUUUACCUUUUACCAUGACCCUCUGCUUCACUGUUUUCUGAGACUCCUUUUUGAUUGGUUAAUGAAACAAGACAGCAGUUAGUUACAUUAGAAAUAUGGGGCGUCAGAUCACAGUAAAUCUCCCCUUCUAAUUUAUCUGCCACCUUCCUUCCAAAGAAAAAAAGAAGGGAAAAAAAACCCUACCAAAACCACCAACAACAAACACAGCUGCUCCACACAAUCCAAACUGAAAAACAGCAGUGCUGUACCGUUGGUUUCAGUCAGUAAUUUGAGAAUCAUUUCCAGGGAGGAUGCCACCCUUCUGUUUCCCCAGGUUUUCAGAUUUUUUUUGACUCUGUGCAAUUUGGUGGCAUAGAAUUCCUGUGAAUUGGACCUGUAGUGUUUUGGAAAAAUAAUGCGGAUCGAAAUCUUCCCCUUUCCUUUGCACUGUCAGUUUUUCUGAGCCGUAACAGUGCCAUGUUUGCUUUGUGAUCUGUGCUAAUCUGAAACAAAAGUUUACUUGCAACUUUUGGAGAGAAUAAUGUUUCAGCAUAGAAGUAUGCGCAGCUCCAUCCCAUGGGCAAAUGCUUUUAAUAACAUACUGUCUUCAGUGCUGAACAUCAAAGCAAAACAGCACUUAUUGGUUUAGAAAGGCUUAAGUUGGAUCCAAACAUUUCUUUUUUUCCAAUCCUGAGAGAAGACUACAGUGGAAAUAUUGCCUAAUUCAAUUCAUGAAACCAUUUUUUAAAAAAAGAAAAAACUGUUUUUCUGCAUGCAUUUCUUGGAGGCGUUAAAAAAAAAAAAAAGCAAACCCGUAGUAACCUUGUAAAGUACUGUUUUUCUCAAAAUAAGAGGAGGCAUUUUCAUCUUUGUUAUUGUAACUUUGUUUUACACGGACAUUUUCAGCAUUAAGGAAGUUUACCCUUGUCAGAAAUCAUGUUGGGUUUGUUUUUAGGAGAGUUGAGGAGUAGCUUAGUGGGAUAGUGUGAAUGGAUAUAAGUGGUCCAAAAUUAAACGAGAAGCGACUAGGUUGUGCAAGGAACUGGCUUAUGCACUAAACGUUUUGUGCCUUGGUCUAAAAUUAACAUGAUUUCUGUUCAAAAGAAAAGGAACAGAUGUCUUCUUUCGUGCUGCUUCUACAUACAUACUUUCUAUAAUCCCAAAUUGCUGAAUUGGUUCUUUCCAGAAAAUCUGAUUGAAUUAAAGAUUACUGUAAACAUUUCCUGUCAUACUGACAGUUGCACCAUUUCCAGAGAUUUCAGUAUUGAAAAUGAGCUACAGAAGCUAAGGUUAUUUUGCCUACUGGUAACUAAGUUCUUUGAUAACCAUAUUGUGGUGGUUCUGUGCUUUUGUAUAAUGGAUGUCUUAAACUGAGGACAGUUUAGGGGAUCCUUUCUGAUUCCAGGAAAGCGUUGCUUUCCUCAACACUGUGAUCUAAUCUGUGAUAAACCUGUACUAUAUACAAGUGGCUAACAAGUCAACCACAAACAAACUGAAUGUAAAAAUCUUAGUGCUGGUGCUGAAAUCUCUUCAGACAGUCAUAAUUUCCAGUUCAUUGUUUUAAAAAGUUAUCAAGCAUCAAGUGUCAAUCGAAAACUGAAGACGAUCACUAAUGAAUGUUGAAUUUUCAUGCAUUUAGGUUUACCUUCUUUUUAGUUUCUCAGUUCAUUCUCUGCUAUUUUUACCAUAUUGUGUCAUUUUAAAUUUCUUACAUGCUAACGUUUUGUUUGAGCGAAUGAAAUAAAAUUGCAAUAUAUACA